AUGGGAGACUCUGUGUUCCUUGACAGGCAGAAUUCUUAUCUGUGCACAAAGGAAAAGGACACUUCUCUUUGUAAAUAUGGCGCUUGUGGAGACUCAGGGCACUUCCAGAGAGGAGCUACAGCCUCAAGGUCCGAUUCUGGAGGAAGUGUGAGGCUGAAAAACGGUUCGGAAUCAAAGGAAGGUCAGUCACUGGACGAGCCGAGACACAGCUCUUUACAGACUCUGCUGGAAAACCAAAACACAAUAUUCCACUCAGUUUAG